CUUCCGGUUACAACAAAAAUGGAUUACACUAUGCUUGAGCAGUUACCGUGAUCUUUAACAGGUUCUUUGUUGCGGUUUUAGGAACUCGGAUUUUACGUUUUAGUGUUUCACUUUAGAAAAAACAGCAGCAAUGCACACGCACAACCUCCCUCUACAAAAAUUGUUAAUUCUUUGAACUAAACAAUUUUUGCACGAUGAUCCACUGCAAAACAAAACAAAUGGACAGUGUUGCAGAGUACGUAGAGUAUUUGUUGGGGUGCUCUAGACAGAAUCCUGCCAAUCUUGUAAAAAUAACUGCAACUCCAAGCAAAGGAAAGUCUUUAGACCAGAAACUCCUGGAGCUGUAUGUGGAAGAGUGUGGCAAACAGCCUGAUGACAAGAGCCUAAAUUAUGCUAGCCAUCUGCUUGGAAAACUAUUGAAGCGUGAACGCCUGAACUGUUUAGUAUUGAGUUUGUACCCAGGAACUGAAGGCUACUCUCUUAUGCUUCGUGCUCGCUCAGGGGUGGAAUCUGAAACUAUCAAGCUGCCCUAUGAGGAGACUGAAGUUCUGGAGUACAUUGAUGCAGCAGAGCUUCCACCUUUUUUGCUGGACCUUCUGGAAAAAGCACAGGUGAAUGUAUUCUACAGUGGGUGUGUCAUCGUAGAGGUUCGAGACUACCGGCGGUCAGCAUCAGGCUGUUAUGAUGCACACUAUGUUCUUCUGCGGCCAUCUGCCCAGUCCCUCCUUUGUGAUACAUUAUCACUGGCAGCAGAAUAUGGCAACAGCUCAUGGACCCAAGAUGACUUCCAGCAGUUGGAAUCUGAGAUGCUGCUGGCCACCUCAGAACCUCUUUGUCUUGACCCUUCCCCAGCAGUUGCCAUGGUUGCAACAGAGCUUACAAGACAGCAGAAGAUGUUCAAUGACCCUUCUUUGAAAAGGUCCAUUAAGCGGUACACGCAGGUCGCACAGAACAGAAAGAAGAAGCUAGCACAGGGUCCUGCACCACGAGAGCUGCGUCUCUUAGACUUCUUGCACAAAAAACGUGACAAGUCCAAAAUCGGGCAUGCAGCAAACAAGUCAAUCAAAUGUAGUAUUGACACAUGGAAACAACGGAGCGUGCAGUUAAACACACCUGAGAAUUUAGAGGUGGAGAAAUUUUUCAAGGUUCCUGAUCGUCCAGCCUCUCCUGGUGAAAACCUGAUUCUGGUGGAGGAACACAAACUGGAGCGAGAUCCAAACCAGGAACAUCGUAUGCUUGCUUGCAUCACCAUAUAUCGCCAGAGAUUAGCAGAUGGAUUUAUUGGUCGUCUUUACCUGGACCAUGACUACAGUGGGGAGGAAAGUUCUCAAAAGGGGUGCUCAUGCCAAUUUCCACUUGGAACAAGACAAAAUGUAGAUAGGUAUCUAGAGCAGUUCAAGGAACUUUUUACAGAGGAAGGACGAAGGCUGGUUAAAAUCACCACGCAGAGAGCAGGGCAAGCCCCAGAGGUGGUGCUAACACAGGUGUCGCAAACUCCUACAGCAGCCACUAGUAUCACUAUUACAAGUUCCCAGGCUCUGUUGAAGCAGGCCACACCUGUGGGGCAGGGUGACAGCACCAACAACUCACUGGCCACCAAGCGGAACAUUCCUAUUCAGUUAUCUCUGUCAAUCACACCGGUGGGCACUGUGUCUACUACUGCUUCCAUAACAUCCCAAGGAACUGUAGUGACGUCAGCAGGUAUGACAGGACAAGCCACCCAGCUGCAGGCUUCUUCCCAGAGAUUCAAACAGCUGAACCUUCAUAGUCGAGCAAACUCCUCACCUCUAGCAAGUCCUGCCUCAACACCUACAUCAGCACCACAGCAGAUUGCAGCAGCCCUUGUCAGCCAGCAAUCUGUUCUUCAGAAAGCACCCACACCAACUCCUGCUCCCACCCCACCUCCCAUAUCUCGCACACCAACCCCCACACAGCCUCCCACUCCCACUUCCUCCACAUCAAGGCGAGGAUCUCUGCAGGCAGGUGAUGGGCAGCUGAGUCAGCAGGCUACAGCACAGCCUGGACAGCAACAGACAUCCAACAUUAGCUUUGUUCAGCAAGAGUCGCUAGGUGGAGUUUCUCUCAGCCAACCCAGUACCCAAGGGACUCAACUGUCCAAUAUUAACAUUGCCAGCAUCAGUAGUCUGCCACCUAACAUAAAUCUCCAAGGACUUACUGGCCUCCAGGGAGUCAGCCUUGGCCUUCAGCACAUGCAGGUAUCACUCUCCAUGCCUGGCAUAGCUGUACCAGUCCCAAUCACCAUGAUCAACACUAACCCCUCCAUCUUGCAAAACCAAACAAGUAUCCUGUUACCAGGAGGCCAGCAGUCCAUCCCACUGCUGAGUCUGCAGCAACAGCAACAACAGCGAGGAGGGCAGCUGAAGACAGGAACUCUGACAGCAACCAUUGCCACAACCACAGCUGGUGGGGCUUCUCGGCAAGGAUCAACUACCACAACUACAGUGCCUUUGUCAGGAGUACUGACAAGCCAGCAAAUGUCAGCACUCACCUCGCUGACAGUGGGCAAGGGGGGUGGAACCACAGCUACACCUCUCAGUGCUCACCAGUUUAUUCACUUGACGGGAGGAACACAAGGGACUAGCAGCACAGUUUCUACUGCUCAGGGAGGGUCGCAGACCAUACACACGCAGAUUGCACUGCAAAAGCCAGCAGGGAGCAGUGGUCAGACAUUCCAGUUCCACCCACUGCACUUAAAGCAAGGUGCAGUUGCCACAUCAGCUCUGGCUGGAACCGGCAUUUCCACAACAAAGCCAAAGAUUAAGAAGAGAGGUGGAACUACGCCUCCCAAAAGCUAGCAUUGUGAUGAAGGUCUUGCAUUCUUCUUGUCCCUAUGAAAGUUGGAAGAUGUGCUGGAAGCCUUGCAUUCACUUGACUCGGUGAUGUUUGCAGAGGAGUUGCAAUGAUCCUCCUUUAAGCUGCUGUUGUCUAGUCUUUUUGUCACAAUAUUUCCACUGUAGAGACUGAUAAGCAAGUCUUAUCUUAAUAAGAUAAAAUGAUUGAUUGCUUCUGCUAAAGGGCAGUGAGAUGGUAAGAGACCAACGAAUCUCAUCAUAUGGAAAUCAGAAUAUUUAUUAACGGGGGUGGGGGUGGGGGUGGGUGGGAUGUGACCCAGGUAAUCUUGUUUUAGCUGUUUAUGAGGCAGACAUUCAAAGUGCUGUUGCAAUAUUUUGAAUAGAAUUGUAAAAAGAUGUUAUUGUACAAAAAAUUGAAAUAUUUUGUUCAUAUUUAAUAUCCUAACAGUUUGGUUACUUUAAGCAGCGUAAACAGAAGUACAAAAUCUUUAAAUUUUUUCUGAUAAAGUCACUGUGCCAAUGAGCUGUCCUGUUGAGGCCAAAUUAUAGAACUGCCCCCAAGGCAAACGUGGCAUUGAAAAAAAUUCAGUGAAUAUGAAAAUAAUCAGGCCAACAUGAACUAUCUAUUGUCGAUCUGAAACAAACAGUGAGCUCAAGCGGAUGAAGCCAUUGUUUUCUGUAAAAAGUGUUGAAGGCUUGGUGUACAGAGGCACUUUCUCACUGCAGCCAUUUGAUUAGUGAUUUGAUGUCAGAUGUUGUGACUUGUACAGUUUAACUCUGUGUGUCAAGAGCAUUGGUGGAUGAUUGUAUAUGCUUAUACUUGCACCUGUCUGUUUUAUGUUUUGUGUUAUUUGCUCAGCUGUUAACAGUAACAGAGAGAAUACCAAAUGUAGCAUUACAGUUACAACACUUUGUUUUUUCUUGAUAUAAAGCUUGAAUCUUCUUAAACAUAUAUCUUUAUGAAUUACAAUGUCAGUAUUGAAAUGACAAAUAUUUUUCACUCAGAAGAUAUCUUUGGCUUGUUACUACUUAUUGCCAAAUACAACAGAACUUUGGUAUUUUAUUUAGUUUAUUAUUGUAAUAUGAUGCUUAAAAAUAUAAAGGGUAUUAUAAAGAAUUCAUGCAGAGGUGUGCAGCAUACAUCUGCACACAUGCACAAGCACACUCACACACCGUAAUUUAUCACAGAACAUCAUUGCUAAUUGCAUGAAAAUUAAUAACUUCAUAAAUAUACACAUACAAAUAGAUUAACUAUAAAAAUAAAAAAACAAAAAAUAUUUCAACGGUCUGAUUAUGCUGCCCCCUCCAUUUCAUUAUUCUUAUCAUCAGAGUUCAUACUGACCUGUGCAAUGUGUUUAAGGAGAAAAAGCCAUUGAAAAAUUUGUGUAAUUUGACAAUUUUCUUUCAAGUAGACAGUUUUUGCGCUCACAUUUUCAGCACAACUACAUUUGGUUCCUACGGGUCUUUCACUCAUAACCAAUUCAUAAAACCCUUUGAGUCAUGUGUUUAAGAUGCAUGCACAGACUUUUUACAUUAAACAAAAUAUUCUCAAAAACAAGACUAUCUAAUGGUCAUAGUAAAACGACAAAAAUUAAUGCCCACAUUUUUCUUGAAAAUUUUCUGUCUGCUUGACUAGACUAAUGCUGUAUAAGCAGGAGUUGAAGGCAUUAAAAACAGUAUGGUCUCCAUCAUUUGCAUGCAAUAAAACAAAACAAAAAAAAUUGAUGGGGUAGUCAGUAGAAGCUCAAGCAUAAUAUUUCUUACAAAAA